UGUCCUUUGCCCCAUGGUCUGCGGAAGCAACGGGGAGGAGUGCUAGAUAUCCAGCCCGUCCGGAUUGACCGAGAAAAGUCCACCGUCCCGCAGCCAGACCUUCCCCGUACAACGCAGGCAUGAACCAGACUGACUCCGUUCAGGAGCAGGUGAAGAGUUACUACGGCAAACGGCUGAAGAGGUCAGAAGAUCUACAGACCAAUGUGACAUGUUCCUUAACAAGACGUCCGUCAAGUAAAACAGUAUGUGAAGCCAUGACACUCAUCCACCCCGAGGUUUCUCAGAGAUACUUUGGAUGUGGUCUUGUGGUGCCAGAGAGCUUGGAAGGAUGUCACGUGUUGGAUCUGGGCAGUGGGAGUGGCCGUGACUGUUUCAUCCUGAGCAAGUUAGUGGGACCCCUUGGCCAUGUGACAGGAGUGGACAUGACUGACGAACAAAUCCAACUCUCACGCAGGUAUGUUACGUAUCAUCAGGAGAAGUUUGGAUACAAGGAAGCAAACACUGAAUUUGUCCAGGGAUAUAUUGAAAAGCUGGGAGAAGCUGGUAUUCUGUACAACAGCUUUGAUUUGUUAGUCUCAAACUGCGUCAUCUGCUUGUGCCCAGACAAAAAGGCAGUCUUAGAGGAAGCUUACCGUAUCCUUAAGGAAGGCGGAGAAAUGUACUUCAGUGACAUGUACGCCAGUGAGCCUCUGGACGAAGAGCUGAAGAAGGACGUUGUACUCUGGGGGGAGGGACUGGCAGGUGCCCUGUACUGGAAGGACUUAAUCAACCUGGUGAAGGCCGUUGGAUUCAGUACACCCUAUCUUGUCACUGCCAGUCGCAUCAAAAUUCAGAAGGCAGAAAUUCUCAAGCAGACUGGAGAUGUGCAGUACGCCUCUGGAACUUACCGCUUUUUCAAACUGCCUGCAGUGAAGAGCGAGAGGAAAUCUCUUGUGACGUACAAGGGGACAGUGACUGACCACCAGCAAGAGCUGCAUUUUGAUUCAGCUCACGUUUUCAAAAAGGACAAAGCAGUGGAGGUUGACGGAGAGCUGGCCAUGGUCCUGAAAACCUCUCGCUUUGCCUCCCACUUUGAUAUUCAAAUCAUUGAGGAAGAAAAGGAACCUUUGAAAGAUGGGUACCAGCAGUACUGCCACCUGAAUCCCUUCCUUCUGGCUGACAAACUGGGAUCAUCCAUUCAGAAAUGCUCCAAAGCACAGAAGGGUUCCCUGUGCGAAAAUCAGGAGGAAGAAGAAAAGAAAAAUACAAUGGUGGAAGGUUAAAGAUUUUGGUUUCACCUGGUUUGAGGGGCCAUGUCAUUCCUGCAAACCACUUUCAUUAAUUUUGAAUAAAGCACCGUUGGAAAAAAAAAGCCCUUGC